AGUUUGUCAAUUUUCUCUUGUUGUUUGGCCAUAUAUUCAAGCUAGCCUUCAUUAGCUUUUAAGUUUUAUUAUUGUGAGAUGUCUCUUAAAUCACAUAAUUUCCUUGUUAACUUUCAUAGUUCUAACAGCUUUGGGUGGUAAAGAAAUUGAAGGCUGGUUCGAGGUUAGAGAUUAAAUCCGGCAUAAAUGAAAAAAGGAGGAAGAAGAGCAAAGAGGGUCCAAAUAAGAAGAAACUCAAAGCAGCUGCCAUUUGAGGAAAAAAGAAGAAGAAUCGGGAAUCUUAUUGAUGAUUUCUUGAAUGGCUUGAAGAAAAUAAAGAAUGAAGAAGAAGAAUUCAUUGAUUCAAAAUUGGAUGAGUUUGAAAUGCUAAGAAUGGAACUGAGAUUCCUAAAAACAUUUGUCCUGUUUGGGAAUUCGACUUUGGAUGACUUUUAUGACAGGAUGUGGUUUCUGAAUAAAGACAAGUUCAAUAGUCUUACUAGGUCACUUUUCUAUGAAGAUGAAUUAAUCCUAGCGAAAUAUGACAUGGAAGGUCUUGCCCCUCUGCUGCUGGAAGAGAUCAAAAGUUAUUUGAGUUUGAAGAAUGAUUAUGUAGCCACGACGACAGAGGAGAAAAUGUUGGAAUACAUGGACAGCAUCUUCAAACACCUUUAUGAUCUACCAAUGUAUUGUUCUGAUUUGCUUCUCCCCCUGAUGAGUGAAUACAAGAUUCUUCGGCAAGUAUGCAGACAUCUGAGAGAUUUCUAUGGGUUGGAAUGCAUCAUGGCCAACAAAACAAGAACUGAAUAUCUCUAUCCUCGGUACCAAACGAUAGUUGAUAGAGUAACACAAUUUUGUUUUGAUCUUUGGACUGGAAAGCGUAAACAAAAAAUUGGUGAUUCGAACUAUUUCUACAAGUAUGAUGUCUCUCAAUGCUCUUCCAAGAUUACGUCUCUACUCAUUGACAUAAUCCCUCUUGAGCUGGAAGUUCUAUACAUUUGUACUUCGGAGAUCAAGAAACAACCAAGGUCAACAGAACUAAAAGGGUGGGUUCAGCAAAUCUUAAAAGCAUCUCCAAAGAUUCUUCAAAAUUAUCUGAUUCUUAUCCAAGGACACAUGGAAGGUGCGCUAGCUGUCAAUUACGCUCCAACUCAAAGCAUUAAUGUCAUGAUGGAGUUCCUAUUGAUCUUUCUCACUGAUAUACCAAAGCGCUUUAUCCAUCCUGACAAAUUGAACAAUAUGUUGGCACAUGUUGGACUAAUUACAAGGAAGAUAUCUAUUCUGGUGAGCAAGCUGUUGGAGGAGAGCUCUGGGAUUAAUAUCAACGAAGAAGACUUUUCUUCUCCAGAUUUGUGGCACGAAAUUGAACGAAUGAAGGGAGAUAUCAGACAGAUUUUUCAGAAAGCUCCAGAGUCAUCUCAACUUUGCUUUCCUAUGGAUGAUGGUUUCCUCUUCCUUAAUCUUCUACUUAGACAUUUAAAUGAUUUGCUCAUUUCCAAUGUCUAUUCAGUUGCUCUGAUAAAGAAAGAAAUUAUGAUGGUGAUAGAAAGCCACGAAUUCCUAAGAUCAUCUUUCGGGAAAGUCAGGCAAACAUUGGACGACACUAGUGGAGUAGUUAAAGAUUGUUGGGUGCGUUCUUUAGAGGUGGCAUAUGAGGCAGAACAUGUCAUUAAUUGCAUUCUUGUUAGAGAUAAUGCUCUUAAGCAUCUCAUCUUCUCACUUCCAAGUGUCAUUGAUAAGAUCAAGCUUAUCGUGGCAGAAGUCACCAGUUUACAACUGGAGGAUAAGAAUGGGGAUGACCCCCUUGAUGCAAAGUCUUCCGACGAGCCAAUUGAGUUUGUUGAUGUAACAGUAGGUCAUGAGGAAGAAGAAGCCCGGAUCAUUGAACAGCUCCUUGAUGAACAUGAAUCCGAGCUUGAUGUCAUUUCGAUUGUCGGAAUGCCAGGACUUGGUAAAACUACUCUGGCCAACAAAGUGUUUCAAAAUAAACUAGUUGCUAGUCAUUUCAAUGUUUGUGCUUGGUGCACUGUUUCCCAAAAGUAUAACAAGUCAAAGGUGUUGCAGCAUAUUCGUCAGCAAGUUACUAGAUCGGAAGAAAAAGAAAGUGAGGAAGACCUUGCUGAAAAGCUACGACGUGCACUACUCGAUAUAAGGUACCUCAUUGUCUUGGAUGAUGUGUGGGAUAUUGCAACGGCGGAAAUGUUAAUAGCAUGUUUUCCAAAGGUUAAGAGAGGAAAUAGAAUUAUUUUAACUAGCCGAAGUAGUAAAGUAGGUUUGCAAGUUAAAUGCCGUAGUGAUCCUGUCCACCUUCAACUUUUAACACCUGAAAAAAGUUGGGAGUUAUUCGAAAAAAGGGUAUUUGGAGAAGGAAGCUGCCCUGCUGAACUGUCAGAAGUUGGACACCAAAUAGUUGAGAAAUGUCAACGUCUUCCUUUGACUCUUGUUUUGAUUGCUGGUGUAAUUGUUAGAGCAAAGAAAAAGAAAAAGGAAAAGGAUUUGUGGCUUAAGAUUCAGCAUAGUCUGGAUUCCUUUAUUUCUGCCGACAAAAAUUUGCAGAUGAUGAAGGUUAUGCAAUUAAGUUAUGACCAUUUACCAUACCAUCUGAAGCCGUUGUUGCUUUACUUUGCAAGAUAUCAAAAGAGCAAACGAACUCCAGUCUCUAAGUUGAUGCAGUUGUGGAUGGACGAAGGGCUGGUGGAUCGUGAUAUUCCAUCCAAGAGUAGUCAAAGUGACUUGGAUACAUUAAUUUCCAGUAGCCUGAUAAUGGUGGAUCAUAUCCCCUGUGAGAGUAAUCAGCCUUUUUCUGUUAUGAUCAAGGUUUGCUACGUACAUGAUGUUGUGCACGACUUUUGUUCAGUAAAAGCCAAAAAGGAAAAGUUUUUGAAGUUAAUCAAUUCAGGUGCUCCAUUUCAUGGUUCGGAUUUCCUACACCGUCGUCUAACCAUUCAUACUGACGAGGGCCAACUCCACAAAAGAUGUGUUUUGUUCAAUUCUCAUAAGUCUUCAGCUGGUAGUAAGCAUCUCAUAGCUUUGAAAGUGAGCGGUUCGCUUGAUAACUCCAGCUAUAUCUGUCACACAAGACACUUGAGACUUCUUAGAGUGUUGGAACUGGGUAACACUGUCCUGGGAGAGUCUUUAGCUGAAGAAAUAGGCUCCCUAUUUCAUUUGAGGUUCUUAAGGAUUCAGGCUUAUAUAAACGCUAUUCCACUGUCGUGGGUGAACCUACAGAAUCUGGAAACUCUGUUGAUCGAACCAGGAUAUCACAUCAUGGUACUACUGCCCAGAAUACUCAAACUGUCGAAGCUGAAACAUGUGAGUAUCGACUUAUGUUCUUUCUUUGAAGUGGACAAUGAAUGGGACAUUAUUAUGGAUCAACCAAGUAGAAUAUUGGAAGCUGAGAAUUCAAAGUUAGAAGACUUGACAACUUUAUCCAAAGUUCUUAUCUCAUAUUCUGAAGGCACGAAUGAUGCUCUGGAGAAGUUCCCAAAUCUUCAGCACCUUAAUUGCAUCAUCAAGGAACCGAUAGAUCCUCCUACACACGGCGAUUGGUUUCCCAAGAUUGAUGUUCUUAAUAAGCUUGAAUCACUCAUUGCAAGCUACCAAAAAGCAUGGGCUGAAUAUUGCUACGAGUAUGAUCCCGAGUUAAUAGACAAAAUCCCACCUCCCAAUGAAUAUCACUUCCCUACAAGCUUGAAAGAGUUACGGUUGUAUGGUUUUCCCAUGAGAUGUGCUUUGUUUUCAGCAAUGGCGGCAUUACCUGAGCUUGAAAUUCUGGAGAUUAUCGACUGUGAUUUCGUGGAGGACAAGUGGGAUGCAAGUGAGGACAUCUAUCAAAGUCUUAAGACUUUGCGUUUGGUAUCUGCCGAAUUUUCUGAAUGGGAAGUUGAUAGGGAAAGUUUUCCCAACCUUGAGAAAUUAAUACUAGAACACUGUGAAGAGCUUGCGGAAAUCCCUUGUGCAUUUGGGGAUAUACAGUCUUUAAAGUCCAUUCGCGUGGUUCAAAUUAAGCGUGAGGUUGGAGAUUCAGCCAUGAAGAUUAAGAAAGAUGUAGAAGCUUACACAGGAGAGGACAAACUUGAUGUCCAUGUAUCAUAUGCGUAUGAUGACUCAAGUGAAGAAGAAGAGGGUGAAGAAGAGGAAGAAGACGAAGGUGAAGAAGAGGAAGAAGAAGAGGCAAGUACUUUCUCACAUCUUCACCCUUACGUAUAGUUCA